CUGUGACUCAAGGUUUAUUUCAAGGUUCAACUGAAGGUUUGUUGGUAAAACAUCACUUUACGCUUCGAUCUUCGCAGUAAACGGCGUGUUAGAUGAUGGCAGGGGCCGCGAAGAAGUUUUAUGAUCUGUCCGCCAAACUUUUGACAGGGGAAAUCCUGAAUUUUUCGUCUCUCAAAGGUAAAGUGGUGCUUAUUGAAAAUGUGGCGUCGCUUUGAGGCACAACAGUCAGGGAUUACACCCAGAUGAACGAGCUCCACAGCCGCUACGCUGAUCAGGGGCUCGUGGUCCUGGGCGCUCCCUGCAACCAGUUCGGACAUCAGGAGAACACCAAGAAUGAUGAAAUUCUGCUGUCUCUGAAGUACGUCCGUCCUGGAAAUGGCUUCGAGCCAAAUUUCCAGCUUCUGGAGAAGCUGGAAGUGAACGGUGUGAACGCCCACCCUCUGUUUGUGUUCCUCAAGGAGAAGCUGCCUCAGCCCAGUGACGACUCCGUGUCCUUGAUGGGGGAUCCCAAAUUCAUCAUCUGGAGUCCGGUGAACAGGAAUGACAUCUCCUGGAACUUUGAGAAGUUCCUCAUCGGCCCGGACGGAGAACCGUUCAAGAGAUACAGCAGAAGGUUCCUCACCAUCGACAUUGAAGCAGAUAUCAAAGAGCUUCUGAAGAGGGCGAAAUAAACCUGGCAUUCUCCUGGUGUUGUGGCCAUGUGAGAUAGACCGUCCAUUUCAUAUCACUUGCAGUUGUUGUUUGAUAUAAGCCGACUGUGCAGACAUGAUUAAAGUGCGGCUAAUUUUUAAACCGUUUACUUAAUGAAGAUGCUUCCUAAAACCUUUCUGAGGGAAGCUUCUGAUGUAACUGUAAAUGUUUAUUAUAAUAGUAGUAAUUCAUCCAUGAACUGCACAGCUAAGGAUUUAUCUUUCAACUGUUAACCGAAACAAUAAAAAAAAUAUUUAAAAAAUGUUCUGUUCCUUAUUUCUGUUUGCGACACUGAACAAAAAAGCAGAAGCAGUUUAUAAUUCAAACCUCAGCCUUACACUUUCACUUCCACAUUUUAAAUUUAUUUUAGAUCACAUGUUACAAUUUGCCCCUUGGCCUCUAACUUCUACCUAAAUAACCUUCGUUUUAAUCAUCAGCAUGAUACUGAAUCCAGUUUAGAUUUUGCUUUGUCAUGCUGACACUGCGCAUACGCUGAAAAAAACUAUCCACAGUGCAAGUGAUGUUUUGUCAUACUUGUGUCAUAUGCUUAUGUAGUCAUUUACCUAAUUAAAAUGACACAGACUUGUUAUUUUGAGAUUAUAUUUAAAUGAAGCAUCAUACUGUAUAUAGAUAU